AUGGACGGUUUCGACCUUCUUGUCAUCAAUGGGCUUGUGGUGACCGCCUCUGACACCGCGAACUACGACAUCGCCAUCAAGGAUGGCAAGAUCGCGCUGUUGGCCCCGCCAGGAGUGCUGGGGCCCAGCAGUGCGAAGAGGGUGAUUGAUGCCGAAGGUGGCUAUGUUAUGCCCGGCGGCAUUGAUUGCCAUGUCCACCUCGAAGAGCCCGCCCUGUUUGGCGGCAAGGGAAGAAGCUCGGACAACUUUGAGACGGGCACCAGGAGCAGUAUCUGCGGAGGGACCACGACGAUAGUGGCCUUUGCACCUCAAGCCAAGACCAUGCCCUCCCUCCUCCAAGUCCUCGAAGAUACGCAGGCCCGGGCAAGAGACAACUGCUACACCGAUUACUCGUUUCACAUGCUCGUCGGCCACCCGGGGGAACAAGCCCUAGCGGAAUUCCCGCGCCUACGCGAGCUCGGCAUCUCCUCACUCAAAAUAUACAUGACCUACGCGGCUCUGCAACUGCGGGACGACCAGAUCCUGGAUGUGUUGUUGGCAUCGAGAAAAGAGGGGAUCACGACCAUGAUUCACGCCGAGAAUGGAGAUGUGUUGACCUGGAUGACCAAGAAGUUGGAGGAGCGGAAGCUGUACGCUCCGAAGUACCAUGCCACCUCCAGACCGCAGAUCGUGGAGACGGAGGCGACGAAUCGUGCGAUUGCGCUGGCCGAAUUGAUGGACGCGCCUAUCCUCGUCGUCCACGUCUCAUCCCCUAGCGCCGCCGCCCACCUUCGCAACGCGCAGACACGUGGACUUCCCGUGUACGCCGAGACGUGUCCACAGUAUCUCUUCCUGACCCGUGCAGAUCUGGAUAAGCCCGAUUUCGAAGGCGCAAAAUGUGUCUGUUCGCCUCCGCCUCGCGAGUCUGCCCACGACCACGACGCCAUCUGGAUCGGUCUCGCCAACGGUACCUUCACGGUGCUCUCCUCGGACCACUGCCCCUUCAUGUACGAAGACUACGAGAAGGGCAAGAAAUCCAUCAUCAGCGAGGAAUACCCAGAGGGCCGAUUCAGUGGCAUUCCGAACGGGUGCCCCGGGAUAGAGACCCGUCUGGCACUGACGCUGAGCGCGAAUAGACUCCCGCUCCAGAAGUUCGUGGAGGUGACCAGCACCAACGCGGCUCGGCUGUACGGCCUGUAUCCACAGAAAGGCACGAUUUUGCCUGGCGUCAGCGACGCCGAUCUCACCAUCUGGUACCCGCCGGGCAAGUUGGGGACGUUCAAAUUGACGAAUUCCAUGCUCCACCACAACGUGGACUACACUCCUUUCGAGGGGAUGGAACUCAACCAGUGGCCGAGAUACACAAUUCUCCGGGGCGAGGUGGUGUGGGAUAGAGAUGGCGGUGGGCUGCUGGGCAAGAAAGGGUACGGUAAGUUCGUCCCGAGAGGGAAGAGCACGCUCCCGGGACCCAGAAAGGAGGGCGAAUGGGACGUGAGCGUGUUCUAG